UAUCUUUUGCAGAUAAAAAGAAAGAAAAAAGAAUUUUAUUUGGGUCUACAUGAAACUCUGUUGAAGUCUGAACUCUAAUGUCUCUGUCGAUAUGGAGUUUUAUUUAUUCAAGUAUUUCUUUGGAUGAUAGAGCUUUUGGGCAUCACUAACUUGCCCUUUUACACCACAGAAUUGAAGCAGGGAGGAUUGCUGUCACACUAACUAUUAAAUUACAAAGUGGAAGAAGUUUAUCACCUGUUGCUGUGAGGCUAAUUUAUGACUAUUAUGGACCUGAAAGGUAUAACAUGGGUUGGUGACAGUUAUCUGAAAUUUGAAGCUAGGUUGCUGGAAGUGGAAGAAAUUAUGCGCGUGGCUUGAUUGUUGUGGUUGUUGUUUUGGACAGGAAGCAGUAAAAUAUGUUGAAAACCAGAUGCAGACUGUUAGUAAUAAUGUGAGGAAAUUCUACUCGGAUGUCAUGCAAGAUUUGUGCUCUCCAGAUUCAGAGGAUCCUGCAAAUGGGGCAGUCUCCAAAUUUCCUGUGGAUUCGGCAGCUGAUGUUGGGAUCUAUAUGAAGCCAGAAGAUGGUAUGGAAGAAAAAUGUGGAAAGGCUGAUGAUCCUGAGCAAUUGGCUGAGGAUCUGAAGAUGACUGCUGAAUCUGGUGCUGAUUGUCUCCCACUGCGUAGAAGGAUUACUGUGAGAAGAAUUUCAAGGCAGCAUAGUAAAGGAAGUCUGUCCAAUAAAUCAAACCUGGAUACUGAUAAAAACUCUAACUGCAAUAAUGUGUCUCCAAAUGAGAUAUCAGGAACUACCACUCUUUCGAGUAAAUUUUCAUCAACUGUUGAACUUUCUGAUCAAAAUCUGGAAGCAUCUUGUGAUCAGACAGCAAGACUUGCAACUCCAGGGUGUGUUGAAGUUACAGAUCAUUUCUCCAUGGAAGAAAGUAAAAAUGCAAGCAAACACGUGCCAGAGAUCUCAUUCAAUAAACCAUCAUUGGAUAUGGUUAAUAUCACUGAAACUGGCAGGCAUGAAGGAACAGACAGUAGACCUUCCAGCAGAAACCUAUUAGAAGAAUCAAAUGGUGUUUGCCUAAGCAAUGAGUUUGUUUCUAUGAUAGAAUCUGCUGCAACUGGGAAUAUGCAGACUAACAAAUUUGCUUAUGAGGAGGAUUUUGUGUCUUAUUCAGAUGAAUGGAAAAUAGAAUCGGAUAAAGAUGGUACAAUCAUUGACGAGGGUAUGGAAAUCAUUCGAGUGGACAAGGCUAGGCUUGAGGAAGCAUGUGUUUUGGUGAAUGUAGAUGAAUUCCAUCAUGUUCCCCGUGAAGGCAAAAACAGACCUUACAAGAAGAUUCGGGAUGUUUUUUGUUCAAGAAAGAGGUCAGUGAUGAAGGAAUAUGAGCAGCUUGCUGUACAAUGCAGCAGUGAUUCAAAAUCCAAAGAAGAAGAGAGUAUAACAAGUUCAAUGCCAACUCUUUCUAUAAAGGAAGCAAACAGAUCCUUAUCUCAUGAUCCUUCAGAACCAGAGUGGGAGCUUGUCUAGAUAACAGCACAGUAAGUGUGUUUGGAAAUGAGGUUGCUUUUGCAUUUAGGUGCUUUUCAAAAGUGCUUUUUUUCUUAAACAAAAACUUUAAAAUGAUGUUUUUUUAAUGCUUUUUAUUGGUU